AUGACACCCAUCAACGCUACCUACCUCUCCCUCCCCCCGUCACCUCUCAGAGCCGCAGGGUCGCCGGCGCUGCGGCUAGCAGUGGUGGGGGGAGGAACAGCGGAGGUGUUCCACCAGCUGGGAGAGCGCGAGAAGCACCUCCUGCCCGUCCAGUUCGUUCCCUCAAUAGCCACGGCCAAGUAUCUGUCGGCUGAGAUUCCAGAGGUUCAAGGCGGCAGCCGCCGGGUGCUGUACCCCGCCUCGGCCAAGGCCAGCACGGAUCUCCAGAAUGGGCUGGCAAGCAGGGGCUUCCAAGUCACGAGGCUCAACACAUACUCCACGGAGUCGGUGACCAGUGUUGACGAGGACACCAUACAGAGGGCCGCCAGAGCUCCUGUCGUUGCCGUGGCCUCUCCCACUGCUGUCAGGGCGUGGAUGGAGGUGGUGGCAUCGCGCACGCAGUGGGAUGGAGCUGCAGCAUGCAUUGGGGGAACGUCCGCUGAGGCUGCGAGAAAAGCAGGAAUCAAGAGGGUGUUUGCACCAGAUAGUCCUGGAAUUGAAAGCUGGGUGGCCAGUGUAAUGGAAGCACUGGAAGCAGCACCUGCUGAAUCCCAAGCAUAG